AUGUUGUCCCAUCCCAUUGAAGUUGCAAAAUUCAUUGCACAGAGAUGAUGAAGAUUGGAUGAUAUUAGUGUUCAAACGACAAAAUUCAAAACGGUAGUAAUGUUAGCCGUUUCAAACAUCGUGCGUGCAUGAUGAUCGGUAGAAAGAUUUGGCAGAAGCGGCCUUGGAGCUGGAGCUGGAGCCGUAGCCGGAACUGCAGCUCAGGCAGGACGUCGCUGUGUCCGUACACCUAUCUUGAGUCAAUUCCGUCUUCUUCUUCGGUGCGAAAGCCUUCAGUGCCAAGUUUUUUCUCUGGACACGCUUCACUGUUGUUUCGUUCGGCUAAUAAUAAUAUAAAAGACUUCAGCGUCCCAUAUACAGUGAGUAGAUGUUGCUAUUCAAGUCAUGCUUUAGCUGAUGUUCCGGCAGGUGGAAUAGUUGAUGUACCAUUGGCACAAACAGGUGAGGGUAUUGCUGAGUGUGAACUCCUGAAAUGGUUUGUAAAAGAGGGGGAUCAAGUUGAUGAGUUUCAACCACUUUGUGAAGUUCAGAGUGACAAAGCAACUAUUGAAAUAACAAGUCGUUACCAAGGAAAAGUUGCUCAAAUUCUCCAUGUUCCUGGCAGCAUUGUGAAGGUUGGUGAAACUCUACUACAGAUGGCUGUUGCGGAAUGUCUUGUUUCAACACCUGGUUCAGAUGUUUUGGAAAGUGUAAAGCCACCAGGUUCCAAGGACAUGAACUUACCUGAUUCUAAGCAGAAUGAAAAUGCAAUAGGUGGAAUUCUAUGCACUCCUGCUGUACGGCACCAUGCAAAACAAUAUGGUAUAAAUUUAAAUGAUGUCCGUGGAAGUGGUAAAGACGGGAGAAUAUUGAAAGAAGAUGUGCUUAAAUAUUCUGCUCAGAAAGGGAUUGUUGAAGCUUCAUCUGCCAGUGAUAGUUCUGAUUCAGAAGAAGAGAAUGACUCAUUUGCAUUUGCAGAAGUUAUCUUAGAUGAUAAGACAGUUCCCUUGAGGGGAUACCAAAGAACAAUGGUCAAAACAAUGUCCAUGGCUGCUAAAGUCCCACAUUUUCAUUAUGUAGAAGAGAUAAAUUGUGAUAAACUUAUGGAUCUUAAAACAUCUUUUCAAAAUAAUAAUUCUGAUCCAAAUGUUAAGUACACCUUCCUUCCUUUAUUGAUAAAGUCACUUUCAAUGGCUUUGAGCAAAUAUCCCUUCAUGAAUAGUUGCUUCAAUGAGGAGUCACUUGAGGUCAUCCUUAAAGGUUCCCACAAUAUUGGAGUUGCCAUGGCUACUCCAAAUGGUCUAGUUGUACCAAACAUAAAGAAUGUGCAGUCCCUUUCCAUCUCUGAGAUAACGAAGGAGCUGUCACGCCUGCAACAAUCAUCAAGGGAUAACAAGCUUAGUCCUAGAGAUAUAACUGGUGGAACAAUAACUUUAAGCAACAUUGGAGCAAUUGGUGGAAAGUUUGGAUCACCUCUUGUCAACCUGCCUGAAGUUGCAAUCAUUGCAAUUGGCCGAAUUCAGAGAGUUCCACACUUUGCAGACGAUGGAAAUGUGUACCCCAUGUCAAUAAUGACUGUUAAUAUUGGAGCAGAUCAUAGAGUUUUGGAUGGAGCAACCGUGGCAAGAUUUUGCAAUGAGUGGAAACAGUUUAUUGAAAACCCAGAGUUGCUGAUGUUGCAUAUGAGAUGACUGGUUUGCACUUCCAUCAAGAUAACGUGUCUUCAAUACCGGGCAACGUUCUCCUGUCUAUACUAUUAUUUGUACAGAAUAAAAAAUUUUAUUAUGUCAAAUAAAAACUGAAAUUUAAUGCAGUGCCAAUAAAAUAUUUAACCAACAUGAAUCCCCCUUUUGCAAUACCAAUUUCUUGGGUCUUGGCUAUUCGGAAAUAACUCCCAAUUGAUAAAGUUGUGGCUACUUCCUAGAAUGGAUUCCUAAUUUGAACCUGUCAAAUAGAUUGUACAGGAGUCCCUGCUGAACCAGAUGUACUGCUGUUUUAUGUCAUCAGUAAUUAGCUAGUUAAACCUUUUCGCUUCUGUUUUUAUACUCUUUUUUCGCCGUAAAUUGUUUCGGGUUUAUUUAGUCAUGUGCAUAGAUAUGAAUGCAAUGGUGUUCAUAUGUGAUUUGUGUUAUUGUUGGUAGGUUUGGACUUUGGACAGUAAAUGAGUAAAUUUCGUGAUCAGAUCAUGUAAUGUAUAGCGUUAUAUAUACAGGUAAUAACAUUGUUGAGUGUUACACAACAAGAUGCAUCUUCGGAUUCGCAAUUUGACCAACCAUAUUUGUUUAGUUGAAGCCUCAGUUUUGUCAAUCUAUGAUUAGAUUUUUUGAAGGAUUAUCAGUCUAUAUCCUUUAUUUAAAGCCUAACCCAUUGAAAUGAAG